AAAUUUACCUUCCCGAACCGACCUGGGUGGUAGGUACCCCACCUACAGCCUCACUCCUUCGGCCUCGUGCACGUCCCACCCCGCCUUAACCUCACUUCACUUCACUUCAUUAUCUCUUGGGUCUCCCUGGGUCCCCGAAUCAAAAUACUCGCCCCCUUCAUCACUAACUAACCACAAUAAUGCCGCCGCUCUCAGACGCUGACCCGAUAGAUAGCUCAUAUGAUGGCUUCUCCCUCCUGCAGCACGGCCACAAAGAUAUGGUGCAAGCGACAGCCUUCAAUGCGUAUGGAGAUCGAUUCGCUUCGAGCUCGGUCGAUGGGAAGAUAAAGGUGUAUAAUAGACAUAAAGACGGGACGUGGAAUCUGUGCGAUACUUGGGGAGCGCAUACCGCUGAGAUAUUACAGAUCCAAUGGCUCCCUCCCACAAUCCACCCCCACCUCAUUGCCUCCAUCGGAACUGAUGGACGCUUCAAGCUCUGGGUGGAAGACCCUACACUUCCCCCCUCCAAAGGCCGCCGCUUCAACUCUCACAGCAACAAACCAGUCUACGAACUACGCUCCCAGUCCCGCGCCCCCUACCUCUCCUUUGCCAUAACACACAACCCCGAGACCAGGCACACUUAUCUCGCACUCAUCGAUCGUAACGCCGUACUGACAGUCUACGAGAACGACGAGCCCGAGAACCUAGAAAGCUGGAACGAUUUAGAUCGUGUAAAUGUGUGUGAGAAGCCAGCUAGGGGCGAAGAGGUCAGUUUCAAAGUGGCAUUCGAUCCGAAUCUGGAACCAUGUUAUAUGGGGAUUCGGCAGGGUGUGGCGAGGGAUGCGUUGGGCGUAAUAGUGGCUAGUAUGAACCGCGCCAGUAUCUGGCGGACGAAGGAGAUCAGCCACAACGUCAGUCUUGGCUCUUCGACAACGAAAGAGUUCUAUCUCGCUGCGGAACUGAAGGGCCAUAAAGGACUCGUGAGGGACGUGGCGUGGGCACCGGGCAAUAUCCGCGGCUUCGACAUAGUCGCUACAGCUUGCAAAGAUGGGUUCAUCCGUGUGUUCCAGGUCACGACUCCGGGUAAGGGCGGCCGAUCGUCAACAUCUUCCUUGCUGCGCAGUAGAGAUUUCUCGAAAACCCCAGAGAAGGUCGUCGUACAGCAGCGGUCAGCAGAGAACGGUAGCGGGUCUCGGGUAACGCCCAGCGGGAUUGGCGCUGGACUACAGUAUACGCGACCGAGGAAUCCGGAUGGCGCGCAGGUCAGGGAGGGUGAGGUGCUCCACGUUGCUAAAGAGGUCUCGAGGUUGGAGGCAAAUCGGAAUCCCGUUUGGAGGGUUGAGUUCGAUGCUGAUGGGCAGCUGUUGGGGAGUACGGGUGAUGAUGGGAAGCUGAUGUUAUGGAGGAGGGAACCGAGUGGGGUUUGGAGUAAGAGUUCAGAGUUGGCGAUGACAAGGACUGCUGUUUCUUGAGAGAGGGAUAAUAGCCGGUUCCCCUCCUCAACCUUCGAGGACUCAGGUAGAGUCGGUGAAAGCAAGUGUCACGGGAAAGUAAGUGUCACGCUACGAUUAAAAACCUUAAUAACUUUACAAGUACUUCUGUUAUAAUAAUAAAAAUUAGUUUUAUGAAAAGCCCUACUUUUAAACUUUAA